CCACCAUGGAAGCUCUUUCCUGUGCUAUUUUAACCCUAGCAUUGGUAGCUGCUCUAUCCCUUCUCUCGAAAGGAUUCUUUCCCCAACCCCAAAAGUUAAAACUUCCACCAGGUCCCAAACCAUGGCCUAUAAUUGGCAACCUCAGCCUCAUUGGUCCUCUGCCUCAUCAAUCCCUUCACAAAUUGUCCCAAAAAUAUGGACCUAUAAUGAAGCUUAUGUUUGGUUCUUACCCUAUUGUAAUUGCCUCAUCUGCAGAAAUGGCAAGACAAUUCUUAAAGACGCAUGAUCACAUCUUUGCCUCUAGACCCGAAACGGCAGCUGGUAAGUACACAACUUACAACUACAAAAAUCUCACCUGGGCACCUCACGGUCCAUAUUGGCGCCAAGGCCGGAAAAUUUACCUUUCUCAUUUGUUUAGCUCGAAAGUACUAGACUCUGUUGAGUACAUCCGCGUUGAGGAAAACCGCGCUUUUCUAUCACGAUUAUGUGCAGUGUCAGGCAAGCCGACUAUGCUCAAAGAGCAUCUGUCACGCCUAACCCUUAGCAUUAUAAGUAGAAUUGUGUUGGGUAAGAAGUAUUUUAGUGUGUCCGAAUCUGAGACUUCGAUAGUGUCCCUAGAAGAGUUUCAAGAGAUGUUAAAUGAGUUGUUCUUACUUAAUGGGGUACUUAAUAUAGGGGAUUGGAUACCAUGGGCUCAGUGUUUGGACUUGCAAGGGUACGUAAAGCGAAUGAAAGCGUUGAAGAAAAAAUUCGACCGGUUCCAUGAUCAUGUGUUGGAUGAGCACAAGGCAAAUAUGAAAGAAGUGAAGGAUUUUGUGUCGAAGGAUAUGGUGGACUUACUGAUGCAGCUGGCUGAAGAUCCUGAUAUUGAAGUUAAGCUCAACUAUGACAGUGUCAAGGGAUUCACCCAGGAUUUAAUAGCAGGAGGCACAGAUACCUCAGCAACCACCGUGGAGUGGGCAAUGUCUGAACUCAUGAAACAACCACACCUCAUCGAAAAGGCAACCGAAGAGCUUGACAUAGUGAUUGGGAGAGAGAGAUGGGUAGAAGAGAAAGACAUUGCACAGCUUCAUUAUAUAGAUGCAAUCAUGAAAGAGACAAUGAGGAUGCACCCAGUGGCAGUCAUGCUAGCACCACAUUUAGCCCUUGAAGAUUGCAAUGUGGCAGGUUAUGAUAUUUGCAAGGGAACUAGGGUUUUCAUAAACACAUGGAGUAUGGGGAGAGACCCUUCACAGUGGAAUGCACCAGAAGAGUUUAACCCAGAUAGGUUCCUAGGGAAGGCAAUUGAUGUGAAGGGACAGAAUUUUGAGCUGCUGCCUUUUGGGUCAGGAAGGAGGAUGUGCCCUGGUUAUAGCCUUGGACUUAAAAUGAUUAGGUCUAGCUUGGCUAACUUGUUGCAUGGAUUCAACUGGAAGUUACCUGACAAUGCGACAACAGAAGAUUUGAGCAUGGAGGAAGUUUUCGGAUUGGCAACGCCUCGGAAGUUCCCGCUUGUUGCAGUUCUGGAACCUCGGCUCCCACUCUAUCUUUAUUAGUUAACGGCUACUCGCGACUGACCUUAUCACUGCUCUUAAGCGACUGAUGGUGCUCCACCACCGCCUC